UUUUUAAUACAGUUUCACGUAGAACGUUACAUAACUUGAUACGAAAUUUCUGCAAUCGAUGUAACGCUCUUUUCCUUUUUUAAUUUCUUAUAGUUGCGUAAAUAUUUGUAUAAAGAUUUUACAAAUUUGAGCAUGAUCAAACAUGUGGUGAAAUGGAGACAUAGUCAAAGAUAUUCGUGCACGGUCUACUCGAAAAUAAUGCCACUAUACGCGAGUACACUGUACCAAAAAAUGACACGCACACACGCGCGCAUACACACAUAUAAAUGUAUAUUUAAUUACAUAUAAUAAUUUGAUAGCUAAAUACGAUAUCGAGAGUCGUACAUAUCGAUCAUAUUUUUCCGAAAACUAUUUGUUAUUGCAGUAUAUUUUUAAUUAAUAAUGUUUUUCAUCGUGUGAUCCCUGAAUAAAAAUGAGUAGCUAAAUAAAUGGUCAAGUAUACAUACAUACACAUGAAACAACCGUGCGUACGUGUACAGCAUACCUAACCUUAUAUUUCUCUGUCGAGAUACAUAUGUAUAAUAUUUGAAAUGCACGAGCCAUUUGAAAUGUAUGCACUAAGUAUAUACGUAUUUAACGAUUGAUAAAGUAAAUAAUUAUGCACGUUUGGUGCAUCUUUUACCAUAAAAAGUAAAAGGAUUUCAUCUUACUUGCUACAUACGAACGAAAAUAUUAUGUACGUAGUAUAUAGAUAUUUAGUUUUGAAGACGAUCUAGUCUUUUUAUUCAGAAAAUGUCUUCACGGAUAUUUUACAAAUGGAAAUAAAAGACACAAUGGUAUUAUACUUAUAACUGAUAAUUGAGAAAAAAGAUUAUCAUUUGAAUAAAAGUUAGGAAACAACAAAAUAUAUUAAAACUAUAGGAAACUAAAACUAAAGAAUUGUAACCGAACGAUAUAAUGAUAGAUUGAUGCGUAAAUCGACUAAUUUAAUUAAACGCCAUCUCGUGAUAUGUAGAGGUAUCAUUUAAAAUCAGUAGUUUUCCAGUUCUGUUUCGGCAUUCGCUUAAAACGUAAUCAACGUACAUCAAGAAUUGUGACGGGUUACGAUUCAUCACGAUAGUCAGAAAUAGGCAAGAGGAGCAAAGAGGACACGUAAAAGAUGGCGGAAGCCGUUGUAGACGGGGCAAUGUCCCGAUUUUUUUGUCACAAAUGCAGUAUCGAAAUUGAACGUUUAUUACCUGAUUACACGUGUCCAAGAUGUUCGAGUGGUUUCAUAGAGGAAUUAGAAAGCGAUAGCAGUGACAGCGGAUCUGGAAUGCAUAUUAAUAAUGACUCGGAUGAUCUUUGGGAACGUUACGCGGAUGUUCCUUUAAGAGGGGAAUACGAGACGGAAUUCUCUAAUCAGUUUGAAACACCGUUUAGUUCUACACCUGUUAGAAAUAACGGUCCUGCUGGUAGAAGACGAGCUCAUUGGACACGUAAUCCACAAGAUACACGUCGUUCUAAUAGCAGUCGUGGACGACAGGAAGUAAUGCCUGUGUCUGUAGAGAAUUUCAUACAAGAUUUUAUACUUAAUCUCUCAGAAGGAGUAGCACAAGCUGCACAACUACCUGUAUUCAAUAUUAGACUGUUCUUGGGAAAUCCUGGAGAUUAUGUCUGGGGUCAAGAUGGCUUAGACGCGAUUGUAACGCAAUUAUUGAAUCAAAUUGAUGGAACUGGUCCACCUCCCUUACCGAGAAAACAAAUCGAUGAAAUACCAACUAUAACUGUGAGUCAAUGUCAUGUGGAUAGUAAACUUCAAUGUUCCGUUUGUUGGGAAGACUUCAAACUUUCUGAACCAGUUAAGCAACUUCCUUGUUUACAUCUAUAUCAUACACCGUGCAUUGUGCCAUGGUUAGAAUUGCAUGGUACUUGCCCUAUUUGUAGACAGCACUUGGGAAGUCAAAAUUCAGCAGAAGUACAUCAGGAUACCGUAGGACGUAGCUUAGUCGCUCUCUUUAGGGCAACCAACGAAUCAAAUAAUACUAGAACAUCAUCACCUUCAUCCUCGAGUGGUAAUAACUCCAGUAGUAACUCAUCGAGUGAGAUUUGAGAUUGAUUAUCCUGUCUUAAUAUUUUCUCUACCCAGCAGGACACGCAAAUAUACACACACGACAUGCGUCUAUUUUUCACUUUUUUCAAAUUUGUUUCCUGGCACUGUUCACUCGAGCGAUGCUCAUAUAUAUCAAUAUUGUAUCUGGACACUAAUAUAAAUUUCAAGCUUUAUACUUCAAUCAACAGUGUAAUGUGAAACAAGAAAAAAUAACGCAAUAUAAAAUUACAACCUGCAUGUGUUGCUUUGCAUGAAUUAUAACGAGAUAUGAACAUUAAGAGUCAAACAAAGACGUGCGUAUUUAUAGUUGAAAUAAUCAUUGUUGCUAUAUAUAUGUAUAUAUUUAUUUACGCGCGCGCCUGCAUAUACACAAUUUCAUAGUUUGCAAAAAUAAGUAAGAAAUUUAAGAAAAAUGUGUAUGUUUCUUUAUAAAAGUUUGAAUUUGGAUGUUUAAUAAAUUUAAGGUGAUUACAAUAAUGUUUACAAAAUGAGAAAUGAAGAAAAAACACUGUAACAUAAUCUAAGCGUAGGAAGUGUGUUAUAUAUAAAAAUAAUGGAAGAAACAUUAGUGGUUUUAAUUGUGUACAGUUUAAUUGAAAAUUUAUGCAUCAAUUUUCUUUCUGGCAUACUUUUUUUUUCUUUUUCUUUUUUUUUUUUUUAUUUUCAUUCAUAUGAUCUUGAUUUUUUAUGCUGUUUAAUUAUAACAUACAUGUACGAGUAUUUCUUUGAGUUUUAAGAAUUGUCAAAAAAAUUAGCCACUAAUAUUCUUAUUUACAUUCUUUUCUUGAAACUAAGUGUUUGCACCAGUAUUGUACUGCAAAUUGUUAUCAAUAUAAUUUAUUUUAUUUUGAUCAUUAACAAAUAUCCUAUGCAAUUUAUGCUGGUGUAUGAAAUACACGCAAGAAUUGGUUAUGAAAUAAAAUUACAGAGAUAACAAAAUUACAAUGGAAGUUAUGAGAAAUGGAAAAGUAGAAUGGAUCAUGAUAUUUGUGUACUUGUUUGAAAUUGUACUUUCUUUCUCAAAUACGGUUAUAUACUAUGCUAUAUAAAUUAUGUUACUCUUUUCAUCAUAAAAUCGAGCAUAAAUAUAUUACAUUAACUAUUAGCGCAA